AAAUCGAUUAAGCUGUGCAUGGGUUCUCUGAUGUUUUACCAGCUCUCAGGUGAACGCCAAUGGCACCCGUGCACGUGGACUGUGGCCAUCUGCUGGUUUCCCUGUGCUGUAGAAAUGCAGGUGUCUGCUUCAGAAUGUACACAGAAGGUGAGGCUAAGAAAAUAGGAGUGGUUGGCUGGGUGAAGAAUACCAACAAAGGCACUGUUACAGGUCAAGUUCAAGGCCCUGAAGAGAAAGUCAACUCCAUGAAGUCCUGGCUGAGCAAGGUUGGAAGUCCCAGUUCUCGCAUUGACCGCACGGACUUUUCUAAUGAAAAAACCAUCUCUAAACUUGAAUAUUCUAAUUUUAGUAUUCGAUAUUAAUAGAAAUGAUAAUAUAUAGACUGCAUUAUAGACACCAUAUAUUCUUACGUAGUAGGGUAAUAGUAGCAGAGUAGUAAAAAAAAGGAACUCUGUUCUGAAAGCUACAUUUACAGAUUACUAAAAAUGACACUGAAAUAGUUUUACUCAGCUGUUUUUCACUAAUGCAAAAAUUAGUAUCUAAAAUAAAAAUGCCAUUAUAAAAUAUUUAAUACGAGUAUUUAAUUUAAACUUAUCUCAUGGAAACUAAUUCUAAUGAAUGUUAUAGCUUACAUGUUAUUUGGCUGGGCUAGACAUAAAAUAAUAAUGUUAACCAUUUAAAAAGUA